AUGCAUCCUUUCCUCCUGCGUACUCAUAUCAACGAGUCUUUCGACAGAGUACACAACUUCGAUGUUCAACAACCUUCGGCACAAGACAUGUUCACAGUGUUGAUGGUCUAUGCAGUCGCAGCUGUCACCAUGCAUCGUCAGGGCAGGAUCAGCGAGCAUCCAUAUGGAUACUAUCUCAGUGCAAUGCGAUAUCUUGGUCGAGUACCACACUCUAAGGGCAAAGAAGGGAUUCAGAAUCUUUUGCUGGUAGCUCGCUUCGGGGUCUACCAUCACGUCGGCACAUCACUGUGGGAGCUUGCGCGACAGUGCAUCAGGGCAUGUAUUGAAUUGGAAUAUCAUCUUCCGCUGAUCAUACCAACGCGGUCCACCGAGUUGGAAAAACAACACAACCAGCGCAUCUUCUGGGAAUGUUACCAGCUAGAUCGUUACAGCUCAACAACUCUAGGCCGACCUUUUGCAAUCGCCGAUCAUGACAUCAAGGUGGACUUGCCCACGAAAGUGGGGCUCGAUACUCCCAGAGCCGACAGUCUAUGCUCUGCUGCCAGAAUAUCAUCAGAUCUUUCUGUUUUCAUAUACUCAGUACAGCUGAGGCAAAUUACAUCCCGCAUUCGCAGCAAACUACUUGCCAUGAGCAGCAACAGCCACGACCACUACCGCUCGUUUAUGGCAACUGGAGAGAUCUACGCCAGCCUACAUAAGUUUCUGGCCGAACUGGAUCACUGGCGUGCGUCAGCGCCUCGCUAUGAGCAGCCCACAUGCUUGUAUGAAAGCCCAGAAUGGUAUGACUUCCUGCUUGAAAAAGACAAACUGUUUCUCAUGCGAGGCGGUGUCAAUACACUGUUCAAGAGCAAACGAGGUGUGUCGCAGAACAUUAUGCGUCUGUGGGGACGCUGCGCGACACGUGUUGUCGAGCUGUACAGUUCUCUCUACCAAGCGGGUCGCAUUUCAUACACUCGAAGCUACUUCCAGAUGUUGUUUCACGCUGGCUUAUCGGUGAUCUUCUGUGUUUCUUCCGAAGCCAAAAGCCGCACGGGAGCAGGUCGGCUAAUACCAAGUUUUGACGCCACCCUGUCUCUCUGUGGCGACGUCCUCGAUGCUAUCUCCGAGAAGAUGCCUGACGCUCGGGGCUAUGCGGUGGUCUUUGAUUCCAUGAGAAGAUCAAUAUUCGACAACUUCUCUGCCUCUCCUGCCACUACCGCUCGCCCAACAACUCCGCAAGAAUUAUAUCGAUGUCAAGAUACAAAUUUGACGUACCAGCAACACCAGUACCAUGUCAUGCCUGUCAGUGACCAAGGUCACGGACUAUGCACAGCUCCAGGACCGGAGCACACAGCAACCUAUUCCCAAUGGAUGCCUGAGAUGGACUGGACCAACAUGGAUGCCAACGCUAUGCAAGGAAUGGAAGCUGGACUGAACGAGUACGCGUGGGGCGAUCUCAACAUGAACGUCGACAUGUGGAACAGGAUUGAGCAUAUGAUUGAUGAAACUAUCGACGAUGUGUAA